AUGACUGCCAAGCAAUCAGCCAUCACACCCUCGCCUGCCGAGUCCGAUACACCAUCCGAACAUGGCAGUCUAGAGUCCCAGAAAAGGCCUACCGCCACCUAUGGUGCCUUGGCUCCCACUGCCCCAGCCUUGGCCUCCCAAGAGAACCAGCGCAUGGAAGGCGCUCUUGGUGAUGCCGUUCUGCGCUUUCUGAGAAUCCGGAAGGGUCCCAAGGCCGACGAGUACGAUCCCGAUUCGAUUGCGACGCAGCCAAGUAUCUGGGAUUCGGAGAACUUGGAGGAGUACAAGCAGCUGUACAUUCACCCGCAAUGGGAGAAUUGGAGCGCUUUCGAUCCCAACUUUCGGUGGACUUGGAAGGAAGAGAAUGCCGUGCGACACAAGGUUGAUUGGAAGAUCAUGGUCUGGGUUUGUGUCAUGUUUUCGGCCUUGAACAUUGAUCGCAACAACAUCUCCAACGCCGUCUCGGAUAACAUGCUUGACGAUCUAGGCAUCGAUCGUGCCGAUUAUAACAUUGGUCAAACCAUCUCCCGAGUUGGAUUCCUUGUGGCUGAACUUCCAUCUCAACUCAUAUCUAAGCGUAUCGGUCCGGAUCUGUGGAUUCCCAUUCAGAUCUGCCUUUUCAGUCUCGUUUCUGCCAUGCAGUUCUUCCUCAGCGGUCGGGCCUCAUUCCUCGCAACUCGAUAUCUGAUUGCCACAUUCCAAGGUGGAUUCAUUCCGGACACGAUUCUGUACCUGAGUUACUGGUAUACCGGCAAACGACUCCCAAUUCGGCUGGCUUGGUUCUGGAUGUCUUCCCAGCUUGUCGACAUCGGGGUUGGCUUCGCUGCUGUAGGUAUGCUGUCGAUGCGUGGCAUUCUCGGAUACGCUGGUUGGAGAUGGCUAUUCCUUCUUGAAGGCGCUUUCACUUUCUGCGUUGGCGUUGCUUCCUUCUUCCUCAUGCCCCAGUGCCCGGCCAAGACCAAAAGUUGGUGGAAUAAGAAGGGAUACUUUACUGAAAAGGAAGAAAAGAUUAUUGUCAACUCAGUCAUUCGAGAUGACCCUCAAAAGGGUGGAAUGUACAACCGACAAGGUCUCUCAGUCCGUCAAAUCUGGGAAUGUGCCAAGGACUACGACAUGUGGCCACUCUACGCCCUUGGCUUGCUAUUCGGCCUCCCCAAAUAUCCCGUCGACCAGUACCUGACUCUUGCCUUCCGAGGUCUUGGAUUCUCCGUCAUCCAGAGCAACCUUCUUAAGAUCCCCAACAUUGUCGGCUCUUGCAUAACCAUGCUUCUCAUCACAGCCUUCAGUGAGCUUGUCAACAACAGAAGUUUCGUAGCCAUGGCAGAGGAUUUCUGGCUACUGCCUUGCUUCGUGGCGCUCAUUGCUCUUCCCAACCCCAUCAGUCCGUGGGCGUACUUUGCCAUUGCAACUGUUCUCCUGUCAUUCCCAUACACUCACCCCAUUCAGGUUGCAUGGACAAGCAGGAACGCAGGAUCCGUCCAGAACAGAACGGUUUCCGCCUCCCUGUAUAACAUGUUCGUACAAGUCAGCGGAAUGAUUGGAGCAAACAUCUAUCAACCCGACGAUGCCCCACGAUACUUCAAAGCAAACAAGGGCCUCCUAGUCAUUUGUAUUUGGAUGUGUCUCAUUCAAUACCCGGGAACCUACUUCUACUACAGUUGGAGGAACAACCGGAAGGCAAAGAAGUGGGACGCUAUGACUACAGAAGAGCAGCACAAUUACAGGACGACCACAACAGACGAGGGUAACAAGAGACUCGACUUCCGUUUUGCCACUUAG